AUGAGGGCUAUUUUGGUACUAGGAGUUUUGUGCCUUGUGGUGGCAUGUACCGCCUACAAAAUCGACGACCAGGCAGUCGCUGCAAGUCACCACGAACAUGGCGGUGGUCAUGAACACCAUGCGCAUCACCACCAUGAACAUGGCGAUAAAGGAGACAAGGGACAUAAAGGCCAUCACCAUCAUCACAAAGGUGAUGAGGGACAUUAUGGGAAGCAUCACCAUGAAGGGCAUCACCACGAAGAUGGAGGCGGGCACAAGAAACAUUGGGAUGAACACGACCAUCACGGAGAACAUCACGAACAUGGCCACCAUCACAAAGGUGAAAAGCAUGGACAUCAUGAACACCACGAUAAAGGAGAAAAAACCGACGGCUACCACAAGAAGUAUCACAAAGACCACUUCCACAAGGAUCACCACUUCCACGAUGGCCACCACGAUGAGGGCAAGCACCACAAACACGGGCACCAUCACGGACAUCACGAAAAACAUGAAGGUCACCACAAGAAGGGAGGUCAUCACCACUCCGGUCAUCAUGAGGGUCACCAUGGCAAACACGGUCAUCACGAUCACGGUCACUACGAUGAGGAUCAUCAUGGCCACAAAGGCCACCAUGGUCAUGAAGAACAUGACCAUCACCAUCAUGAACAUGGCAAGAAAGGUGGACAUGAUGACCACAAAAAAUGGGGAUUCCAUCAUGGAAAACAUUAA